AUGACUGUCUCCCAAGGAGGUCCUGUACCAGCUCCUCGGGUGAGUUGUGGGUAUUGUGGUAAGACAAACCAUACCGAAAAUACUUGCUGGCGAAAGAUAAAGAAAUGUCUCCAUUGUGGCAGUUCCGAGCAUCAGAUCGCAGCCUGUCCUGUUAAACCCCGUGAAGAAAAUGAGGGUUCACAGCUAGAGAAGUCAAACCCUGAGCAACCUACUGCCAGUGGGAGUAGACCGAGAGUCUCUGCUAGGGUUUAUGUCUUGGACCAUCAGCGAGUUCUCGAGUCAUUUGAAGUGGUGGAAGGAGAACGGAAGUUGGUGAUAGAUUUGAUAAGUUUAGACCUCAAGAGGUACGACGUGACUUUAGGAAUGGAUUGGUUGGCUCGUUAUAAUGCUAAGUUAAAUUGCAAGACUCAAGUGGUGCAGUUCUGUAUACCAAAAGAGACAACUCUAAGAUUGGAUGUGAGAGAUAGAUUAUUCUCGUCUGCACUUAUUUCAGAAAUUCGAGUCAAGAAAAUAUUGAAUAAAGGGGUGCAGGGUUACUUAGCUUUUCUAAUAAAUAUUCCUGGAGAUAAGGUGAAACUAGAGGAUGUGCUAGUGAUGAAUGAAUUUUUCGAUAUUUUCCCUGACGAGUUGAAGUUGAUGCCGCUAGAGAGGGAAAUAGAAUUUAAAAUUGAUUUGGUACGUGGAACCACUCCUAUUGCGAAAACACCAUACCGAAUGGCACCUACCGAGCUUAAGGAACUAAAACUGCAGUUACAAAAUUUGUUAGAGUGCAAAUUUAUUCGAGAAAGUGAAUCACCUUAG